AUGGCGAUCGUGAGCGCGUCCAGAUGCGCAGCGGAGACGGAGCAGGGAGCGCACGUCUUCGAGAUCACCGGGUACAGCCUGCACCGGGGCAUCGGGGUCGGCCGCUUCCUCCGCUCCGCCACCUUCGCCGUCGGCGGCCACGACUGGUCCGUGCUCCUGUACCCGGACGGAGCCGACGAGCACCGCCGCGACUGCAUCUCCGUGGGCGUCGAGCUGAUGAGCGCUAACAGGCCCACUGCGUUGCCGGUGCGGGCGACCUCUUCGCUCUGUUUCUUCCACCGGGCCACCCGGAUGUUCUCCUGGUCGUCCCCGCCGGCCAAGUUCACCUUCGGCCGCCCGACGUCGUGGAGGCACUGCUUCUUCUCCGUAAGGAGGAGCCUGCUAGAGGGAUCCGGCUACACUGCCGGCGACCGCGUCAUGAUCAAGUGCGUCGUGGCCGUCGUCAAGGACCCAGGGAUUCCUCCCAGUGUCCACGCGCCGCCGCCGUCGGACAUCAAGGAGCACCUUCGUACUCUGCUGGAGAGCAAGGAGCACGCGGACGUGACGUUCGAGGUUGGAGGGGAGGAAUUCCCUGCUCACAGGCUCGUUCUAGCCAUGCAAUCCCCUGUAUUCAAGGCACAGCUCUACGGGUUGACAAAGGAAGAGGAUACGCCGGGCCGCAUUGUCGUCCGCGACAUAGACAUAGAGCCGUCUGUCUUCAGGGCUCUCCUGCAUUUUAUCUACACUGAUUCCCUGCCUUCCAUGGAGAAUGGUCAUCCUCCUGGAGAUGACACGAAAGAUAUGAUGAUCCAACACUUGCUCGCGGCCGCGGAUCGGUAUGCUGUACAAAGGCUCAAGUCAGUGUGCGAAAGCAUCCUCUGCAAGGGGAUUGACACCAGGUCCGUCCUAACUACUCUGGGUUUAGCCGAUCGACAUAACUGCACCGGCCUCAAAGCAGAUGCUUGCAUUCAGUUCAUCGUCUCCUUGCGAAAAACAGAUGAUGUGGUGGCAUCCCAAGGCCACAGUCAGCUCAAAAGAACAUGUCCAGUUGCUUCAGUAGAAACGUGGGAGAAACUUAACGGAGCGUGA